UUCAGAGCUGAGAGAUGUUGAGGUGGUUGCUGGGAGGAAGAGAUGUGCAGGAGCCAGUGGAGAAGUCUCUGGUUCUCUGCAUGGGAGAUGAACAACCGCAAAAUCCCUAUACAGAACUACAGGUACUGAAAGGCCACAGUGAUAUUGUUCGCUUCAUGGCAUGGAUUGAUGAUCUCAGGUUUGCUUCAGCAGGGGAUGAUGGUGUCGUGGUUGUGUGGAAUGUCCAGACUGGAGAAAGAGUUUAUGAACUUCGAGGCCAUUCUAGACCAAUAACAGCAAUUGCUAUCUUUCCAUCAAUGCAUCAUUUACAACCAGAAAGUCGCCAACUCCUCACUGCGUCCUCGGAUAAGACCGUCAUUAUCUGGGAUUUAAACACUGGCAACCAAAUCUAUUUGUUGACGGAAUUUCAGUCCUCUGUUAAGUGUCUGAUGACUAUCGAAAGACUUGAUGUGUGGUUGUCUGGAGCAGAUAAAGUAUGCACUUGGAACUGUCAAGCAGAAUUGCUCUGCAAAACAGCUUGCUUUAAAGAUGCAGAUGUAAGCUCGAUGAUGGAACUACCAAAAAACAGCAUUGCUACGGUGGUCAGGAAGGAUAUAGUAAUUUUCAAAUUGGCACCAUUGUCAUCAGAAUCUCAGACUUGGGAAAUUAAUGAGUUGAGAAGACUGUCAAACCAUGAAGAUGACAUCAGGGCAAUAAUCAGUGUAAAUGAUAAUAUAUUUGCAACUGGAUCCCAUGUGGGUGAGUUAAUAAUUUGGGACAGCCUGGAUUGGUCAGUUCGAGCAUCGGAAUCUCAGUUCUGGAAUUCUGCCCAACAGUCUGAUAAACCAGCUGAAAUAAAGAUAUCGUUGACCCCAAACCAGCAUGAAACGUGCAUCCAUCAUCUGUUUUCAGAUAGAGAGAAUGUUUUUGCUGCCAUUGGAACUGGAAUUUAUGUGUAUAAUCUUCAAACAAAAACAGUGAUCGCGUACCAGCAAGUGGCACAUGAUUCACGUGUGUUGCACAUUGCAAAGUUACCGAACAACCAACUGGUUUCCUGCUCUGAGGAUGGCAGUGUUCGCCUCUGGGAAUUACAGGAGCUCCCGCCAGCCGAGCCUGCCACGUCAGGGCUUUUUAGCAUGUGGGGAAUUGGCAGACCAAACAAGCAGCAAAACCAAAUGGCAAAACGCAAGUCGGAAUGUUCUGUAUUAAAGACCCUGGAGUUAACUGGUGAUUUGAUUGGCCAUUCAGGUGCAGUGCGAAUGUUCCUGUAUUUUGAAGACCAUGGAAUAGUAACCUGUUCUACGGAUCACCUUAUCAUUUUAUGGAAAGAUGGAAAAAGGGAAUCAAAGUUGAGAAGCAAGACAUUAUUCCAAAAAUUGGAACGGGAAGAACAAUAUGAUGCUUAACAUUUGAGAUUAUUGUGAAACUUAUAAUGUGAACAUUGCAUGAUGGCACUAAUGACUCUGAGACCUGCAGCAAGUGUAUUGAUAUAAAUCUUUGCAAUGUUAAUAUUUCAAAGACUUGCUGAGAAAUUAAAGCUGUAAAUGUGGCUUGAUAAUUUAGAUCUUAAAUUGUAAGUCGAUUUUCUGCUAAACUCUGACCUCUUACCAGUUCUGAAUUUACAUAAUCUUAAUGUUGCAAAUUGUCUACUGAACCAAUAAUUUUGUUAGUAUGAUUUGUAAAAGUUUACUUACUUAUUCAGUGUACAGAAUUGUGUUAUAAAACUUGUACUAUAAAAUAUCUGGCAAUAAUCUUUGUCAUAAAACAAAAGUUUGCAAUAUUUUAAAAUAAUAUUUUUAGCUUAAAUAUUUUCUUGUGGCCAGCUGUGUAACAAUUGAAAUUAUGUAAAUGAGUGUUAAAAUAUAAGAUUUGCAUGUUUGAAAGUUCCAUGUUGCUAAAGUCAGAGGGCUGACAAAUUAUUUACAUCCGCAGCAAUCUUUUCGAGGAUUUGUUUACUGCUGCAAAUUGUGUGCAUUGUCUUUGAUGGAAAUGAUUUGGAAGGUCCACGACUUAAUGUUGCCUGCACCUGGAACUAAAAUGACUAAUAUUUA